AUGUCAGCAAGAACAAACAAAACAAUGAAGAAGUUAUUAAUAUUGAUCUUCAUUCUACAACUCUGUAGUUCAUAUGCCACAAGGGGACCCCAGAACAAAGAAUCGAAUUUACUUCCCGUAGUUGCCCCGAGGGAACUUACAUAUGACAAGCACUCCGAUCUGGAAGGAAUAUCCUGCACGAAGAGAUUGCACAGCAGUUUAAAUGAGAUUGUUAGUAUUGGUGAAAAAAUGUUACUAGAACAACACAUUAGCAAUCCAAAUGCUAAAAUUACUCGCGAGCUUUUAUCAGCGUGUCUUGGCAUUGAUGAAUCGAGCAAAAAUCUAGUAUCCAUAUUCGCUAAAGAGGAAAUUGGGAGUGAAUUAAAAGACUUAAAUGCACAAUUGAGGAUCUUUUUUCAGCUCAAGAUAUCGGAACUAUCCAAUGAAUUCGUAAAAAACCAGUGUAAGCUGAAAAUGUCAACCACAAAGCUGAAAAAAGUUAUCAAUGAACUGAAUCUUCUCAAAGUGACUUUAGAUGACGCGAUUAACUUCUUUAAAUCAAGAGAUGACGAUAAUAGCUUUCAAAUAAUGGAGUUGGUCGACACUGUUGAUCUUCUUACUGAUAAGCAAUUGAGUGAGGAGAUAACCGGACGACUUCUGGCAGAAAUAAUAUGCAGCAGGGUUAAGGUUACCGUAGAAGAUGGUAAUAUUGACCAAGCCAUGAACGAAAUUUCCGCAAUAUUUGGGGAUUUAGGUAUUCUUUUGACGGCUUAUGCUACCGGCUUGACGCUUUGCUCUUUAAGUUUGGGCACUGCAACUUGUGGUGUUUCGGUGGUCAUUUCAAGCGCUGGCACAAUUGUCUUUAUCUCUAGAUUACGCCAUCACCUAGAUGAGCUGCAAAAGGUUGUACAGGAGUGA